AUGCUGCUAAAAAUGGGAGGAAAAAAGAUAAUAGGAGUGGCUGCAGGCAUAAGCAGAGUAUGUUUUCCUUUACCACUGCAUAUUCUCAGUCAGCAGCUACUCAUUGGAAGGAGGUCUUUAAAAUCACUGGCUGUUAUUUUUUUGGUUGGCUUGAACUGUGGCACUUCUCAGCUAAGGAUUCCUUCUUUCACUGGUCCACACUGUGUUCAGAGGGCUGCUGGUGGUUUUUGCUGCAACAGAGUGACAGCUAAGUAUUGUGUCAUCUUAAAAAGAUCUAACAGUUGGUUCUCUUUAUCAUCUGUGGCAGUGAAGGGUGGUCAUUUUUAUACAUGUAAGCUCUGA